UAUCCAAUUUCAAAACGUUGUUUAAAAUUUAUUUAUUAUAAUUGUGCAUUAUUAGUUCUUAAUCUCAUUUUAUGUCUCAAGUGACCAAAACAGAAGAAUAAAAAUUUUCUAUCAACGUGUGCUGAAACGAUUUAUAUACCGGUGAAGUUAAUAAAAAAAAAUAAACUGAAAUGGACGGAGACAGCGCAGAUGAUUCGUUUGAUAAUGUGCUAGCAACCAUUGAAAUUCCCAGUGAACCUAAAAUACCGAAAAUAGAGAAAACACAAAACAACUCAAGUAACACCGCGGCAAAUGGUGUAACGGCACAAAUUAGUGCUGCCCCGCCAGUGCCGCUGCCAAAAACUGCCUCAAAUCCACUUUGUAUACUAGUAAAUCCCAAACAACGUGGUAAUCCAGUUCUUAAGUCAAUCGUGAAUGUUCCAAUCGAGUUUCGAGAUGAUAUCGUACCAGAUUAUGUGGUGGGACGCACUUCAUGUAUACUUUAUAUAUCUCUAAAAUAUCACACAUUAAAUCCCGACUAUAUAUGCCAAAGACUCAAAGAGUUGGGCAAGCAAUAUGAAUUACGUGUACUCUUGGUUCAUAUCGAUGCACCAGAACCGCAUUCUGCUUUGAAAAACCUGACACGUAUUACACUCUUGACGGAUUUAACGCUUAUGCUAGCUUGGAGUGCGGAUGAAGCAGGUAAAAUUAUUGAGACUUACAAGCAAUUCGAAAAACGUUCACCAGAUUGGAUAAUGGAACGCGUUGAAUCGAGCCCACAUCAAAAGCUCGUUUCUGCGCUAACUAACAUUAAGCCUGUAAACAAAACCGACGCUGUAACGCUCCUACAGAAUUUCGGUAAACUGGAAAACCUUAUCAACGCUAGUGAAGAACGAUUAUCUCUUGUGAUUGGUUUGGGUCCAAGAAAAGCUUCUAAGCUUUACAAAACUUUGCACGAACCAUUUCUAACAAAGUAGUUUUCCUUUCAAGUACAAAUGUACAAACGUUUAUUUUUUUGUAAAAUGAAAUAAAGCGCAGUAAAUAAUGUUGAA